AUGCGCCUCGCCGCCGCCCAGCUCGCGUGCGCGUUCGCGAGCCUCGUCGCCGUCCUCGCCCAGUCGUCCACCACCUCGGACAGCUCGUCCGCUUCGCUCGCCACCACCAUCACGGGCGGAGGCACCGUCGUGUCGACGUCGGCGGCGACGACGAGUGCAGCGUCGAGCACGAGCGUCGACAUCCCGAGGCCGACGGCAAACCUCACCUCGGGCGCAAACCAGGACUUGCGCCUCUGGCCGCCCGUCGGCGGGCUCAAGAUGUGCGAGAGGGUCACUUUCGCCUUCACCGGCCCCUCGGUCCCCAAGACGUGCGGCGUCUACGUCAGCAACACGUCGACCUACAUUCAGCAGAUCCCGCUCGGCGGCGCCUACACGUCGCUCACGGCCGGCGAGUUUGGCUGGCUCGUCGACCUUCCUGCCGGCCUCUCGGUCGUUGUACAAUUCUGUCAGAACACGCAGAGCAUCAUCUCGUACGCGUCGGCGCUCAACACGAGCUACGUCUACACACCACCCUCUGCCAUGUCCGACUCGAAGAGCAGCUCGGCCAACGUCGGCGCGAUCGCCGGCGGCACCAUCGGCGGCGUCGCCCUCCUCCUCGCGGCACUGCUCGGCGUGUACCUCCUCCGCACGCGUCACCGCGCUCGGACCGCGAGCCCGCCGCCGCCCGACGGCGAGGACAAGGCGUGGGAGCCCGGCACGGGCUCGCUCAGCUAUGCGCAGCUCGUCGCCAUGAACUAUGCCGGGCAGGGCCACGGUCAAGGGCUCGGCACAGCGCAGGUCGAGCCGUACCAGAGCCACCACCUGCAGCAGCCGAGCGCCUUUGCCGCAGAGCCCAUGCCUGCAACGCCCGCUCCCACGACCCCGUCUCGCACGCCGCUCUCGCCCGGCGGCACGACCGAGUUUGGCGCCGCGCCGUCGGCCGGCACGGGCAAAGGGUCGGCCACGACCGGCUUGGCGAACCCGGCAAGCUUUGCGAGCAGGAGUCAGAGGGGCUGA